AUGCCACCAAAGCAAGCAAAGCUAGAUUCGCGGUCUUGCACCCUCCUCUUUAAGAAGCACAAGACCACCGUCCUCCUCUCGCUUCAAUCCCAUGAGUCUAUCACUUCAGCCAAAGAGAAGCUUCUCCAAGCUUUGAAUUCACGACAGCUUCGCGAUAUCAAUGGCGACGUUAUUCCCGAUGACCCUGCGGCGAUAGAGCUUGGCGUGCCCAUGGACCGAAGCGACCUAGACAAAGGAUGGAUGAGCUUAACAAUGGAUGUCCCAGGUCAAGAAAGCGGUGCAAAGACCGGAAAGAAAAAGUUGUCAGAUACUCUGCAAGCUGCAGGGCUGGAGAAUGGUCACUCAGUUGCAUUCCGGUUCCGCAAAUUGGGUGCAGGUGACGAGGUCGAUACGGAUAUGGAUCUUAAUGAUCCGGGUUGGGAUGUGAUUAUCCCAAGCUUCGAUGAGGAGGAAGAGGCAUAG